AUGACUCACGACAUGAACUCCAUCCCUUCUGACUUUACUACGACUGUAAAUGAGUUCUGUGUGGGAAUCGUUGUCAAUUUUCACGAUAGCAGUAUGGCACUCAGCAAGGUCAUCGAGAAGGCGGAAGGAGGCAACGCCCAGGAGGAUAUGACUAGAUUCCAAACCGCUCUCAAUGGCCGCUUCCCUGCCCUUAUCGCCAAGGAGUUAGAGGCGGACGAUGGUCCCCUCCUUGUCUAUAGCAUUCGUGAAAGAAUCUGGUAG